GCGAGCAUCUCUGCGCAGAGAAGCAGACCGACCCCCGCAGCUCCGUCCGCGGACACAUGAAGGCUCCCUCCGCCGGGUCAGCAGCCCCGCUCCCGGUCACCUCCUCUCGCUGCGGCCGCUCCUCUAUGGAAGUGAAGCCCCAGCGGGCGGCAGUCAGUCGGUUUUAAGCCCACCUCUGCUCUCCUCUCCUCGGUCCGGACCGCAGCCUCCUUCAGCCCCUCAACCACAAAAUGGCGGACAUCGUCGAGCUGGGACCCGCCUACGCCAUGUCUCCGGUGCUGGCGGGCUUCCUUGGAGCCGGUGUUCUGGUCCUGGUUGUGGUGAUUCUGGUUCUGCUCUGGUCGUUCUGUCAGCGCCGGUACCUGCGGGUCAGCGGACGCUACAAGCUGCACGGUGACCGGUACUGUGACGCCGAGGACCCCCCCUACAAGUUCAUCCACAUGCUGAAGGGGAUCAGCAUUUACCCAGAAUCCCUCAGCGGCAGCAAGCGGAUCGUCCGGGGGAUCCGCCGGGCCGAGCGGGACGGGGCCUCUGCCGGCGCCGCGGGGAGGGGCAUGGUGCUGGUGGACGCAGAGAACAACGUCCUGGACGUCCCGGGUCAGCUGCAGAUGAGUCACCUGGUGCCCCCCGCCAGGACAGGCUCCGCCCACGGCCCGGCCCGGCUGGAGCGGGCCUUGCCGGUCCGAGCCGAUUACUGCUGCCUGGACAGCAGCUCGGCCAGCAGCAGCCAGACCAGCAGCAAGACCGUGUCCCCGUUUACCCCCGCCUCCUCAGAACCAGAACCAGAACCGAGCCUGGGCUCCAUCAGCCUCACCGUCGACUACAACUUCCCCAAGAAGGCCCUGGUGGUGACCAUCGUGGGGGCCCGGGGCCUCCCCGCCGUCGACGAGCAGGUGGGGAGUUCUGACCCGUACGUCAAGAUGACCAUCCUGCCCGAGAAGAAGCACCGGGUCAAGACCCGGGUCCUGAGGAAGACCCUGGACCCCAUCUUCGACGAGACCUUCACCUUCUACGGCGUGGCCUACAGCUCGCUGCCCGAGCUCACCCUGCACUUCCUGGUCCUCAGCUUCGACCGCUUCGCCCGCGAUGAUGUCAUCGGGGAGGCCGUGGUGCCGCUGAAAGGCGUGGACCCGAGCACGGGCCGGGUCCACCUGAGCCAGCAGAUCACCAAGAGGAACAUGCAGUGUGAGAGCCGUGGAGAGGUCCUGGUGUCCCUGUCCUACCAGCCCGUGUCCCAUCGUCUCAGCGUGGUGGUCCUGAAGGCUCGACACCUCCCCAAGAUGGACAUGACAGGCCUGUCAGCCAAUCCGUACGUGAAGGUCAACGUCUUCUACGGCCGCAAGCGCAUCGCCAAGAAGAAGACCCACGUGAAGAAGUGCACCCUGAACCCGGUCUUCAACGAGUCCUUCAUCUACGACAUCCCCCCCGAGCUCCUGCCCGAGAUCUCCGUGGAGUUCCUGGUGAUCGACUUCGACCGGACCACAAAGAACGAGGUCCUGGGCCGCCUGCUGCUGGGCCUCCACAGCCCGUCCUCCUCCGGCACCUCCCACUGGAGGGAGGUGUGUGAAAACCCCCGCCGGCAGAUCUCCAAGUGGCACAACCUGAGCGAGUACUGAGGGACCGGGAGGAGGGUCCGGAGCCAAGAAAACUGGGAAAUAAAGACUCAGUGUACAGCGCGCACACACACACACACACACACACACACACACACA